CAAAUAGGGCAUCUUUCGCAUUGGAAUGGUUGCUGUUUUCUUUGUUCUUUGGAAUGCUCAAAACUUUUAUUCCGGAGCAAACUAGUGGCGAUUAUUCAGAGCAGGGAUGAGUGAAUUCAGGGUUUUACUUGUCCAGUUGGAUUUCUAGGGUUUAUACCUCCGGCUGUGCCGCUGGUGAGAAAUUAUGGGCAGCAUUAUAAGGAACGAAAAAUUGUUUCCCAAAAUUAAAUUAUUUACCAGGGGACAUUUUACGCUGCAAGGAAUGAUGCAUUGUUUUCCGAAAUUAUCAACCUUCCAGUUGCCUGGUGUUUUUUACGGUCCGCAAAGGGUUUACACGUCUUGUGCUUUCCCCAUCCGGAGCAGAGCAGGCACGCCGCACGCACAUCUCGCCACCGCCUCCUGCUCGUCUCCUAUCCUCUCCUCGGCCGGUCCCUCCCUCUACCGACGGAUGCUCCACCUAAUUUGGCUCCUCAUUCGAGGUCCAUCCAUCCGUACGUAGAUUGGUUCCGUUAUCUCUGCUGGUUCUUCUUCUCUUUCAACGUGCAAGACAACAUAGGACUUCAAGAAGAAAAAGGAAUGGAUGCUGGAUUGGCUGUAGUUACUUAGCAGAACAAAAAGGAGAGGGCAAUCGAAGAUACGAGGGCUUGUUCUCGCCAUGUCCCGAUCACCCCACCUUCCACCCCGCUGCCCUUCGCUGGGUCCUCAACUCACUCGAAGAGAUGACAGCUUGUUCACGCAGAGCUGCAGGUUUCCAUCUGGGGAUCCGUUCUUUGGCGAGCCACCAUGUUGGCUAGACGAUCUCCUUGCAGAUUCUGGGAAAAUCCCCAACCUGCCUCCUCUCCGAAGGGCUUGUAGUGAUUCCGAUGCUAUCUUGGAUGCUCUGUCAACAUUCCAGAGCCCAAUUCAUCCAAUCAAGGAAGGUGAUCUACACCCAGGUGAUGAAGAUGAGGACUUGUCUGAUGUUGUCAAAGGUGUUGAAAGUGAUUCUGUGAUUGAGGACAGUUGUGUUUAUGGGCCAAAUUCGCCGAGACAGAAGAGUAGUCUGACUACUUCAGAGAGUUCCAUGGUAAAUGCUGUCCUUGAGAAUGUCCCUAGCAACCCCUUGCAGUACCUGGCCAUUGACGCCUCAAGUGGUGUGAAUGGUAACGUUGCCUGUGGAACUGCAGAUGCAAGUGAUGCUUUCAGCCAUCCUGAUCAAGAGAAGUCAUUUAAAAGGCGUUCAGGGCAGAGAUCUAGGGUCCGCAAACUUCAAUACAUUGCUGAACUUGAAAGAACUGUGGACUCACUUCAGAACAUGGGAGCUGAUUUGGCUGUACGAGUAGCAUCUCUUUUCCAGCUUCGCAAUGCUCUAUCAAUGGAAAACAAGCAGCUGAGGAUACAGAUUUCCAGUCUUCAGCAUGCAAAACUAAUUAAGGAUGGUCAGACGCAGGCCCUAAAGAAUGAAGCCGAGAGGAUGAAGCAGAUGUCUGCUCGUCACCGCAGGAGCAGGAGUGUCACUUCUUGUUAUGACCCAAGCCCUUUUGGAGCAGACACGUCGCCAGUCAAUUGGCAGAUGCUUGACAUGGCAAAGCUCAGCUUGAACGGCAGUCCAGCCCCCCCUAGAGGUGGCUAUGUCUUUGACAGUAGCCGGCCCUAAUCCCUCAGAAGAUUCGAGGCAUUACCCUAGAUAACAUUCCACUAACCUUACCAAACAUAGAUUCGGUGGUCUAUCUUUUACUAGGAGAGAGUAGGGAGAGUAUGCAGUAUUCGUUAACGCAGAAAAUAUACUAAGUUUAUCAGCUUAUUAUCUCUUAGUGCUGCAAUGACUCCCAGAUUUGAGAACUGAUGACAUGAAGCAAGCUUGCUUGGCUUGCCAUUUUGCGGUUGCAAUCUGCUCGUUUGAUGC